AUGCAUAACCUAUAUUUUAUAAAUCUAGAUUCACUUACAGAAACUUAUGCAAUACCGUUUUACAUGCAAUAUCUUGCACAUUGGCCAGAGUAUUUUCAAGUUGCUGAAUCACCUACUGGGGAAAUUAUGGGAUAUAUUAUGGGAAAAUCUGAAGGGCAGCCAGAUAGUUGGCAUGGUCAUGUAACUGCAUUAACUGUUGCUCCAGAAUUCAGGAGACUAGGUGUUGCCGGUGUUUUAAUGAAUUGGUUAGAAGAAAUUUCGGAAAAAAAAGAUGCAUGGUUUGUUGAUYUAUAUGUGCGUGUUAGCAAUACAGUUGCUAUAUCAAUGUACAAGAGUUUAGGAUAUACAGUGUAUCGUACCGUAUUAGAAUAUUAUUCAGGUGAUCCCGAUGAAGAUGCAUAUGAUAUGAGAAAAGCACUUAAGAGAGAUGUUGAGAAAAAAUCAAUUAUACCUCUAGAACAUCCAGUAAGAUUAGACGACUGUGAUUAAAAUAUGAAUAUUGUUACAUGCUCAUCACAAUGGUUUACCUGAUAUURAUUUGUAAAAAAAA